GAUUUGGAGUUUGGAGGCAGCUCUGAGAUGGGGCCUCUGAAGGGACCGCUUGAGUUGUUCCUGCAUCCUUGCCUGGGAGUAGCCAAGGCUGAGUAGGUGCCCGUAGAGGGAGCAUACGGUGACAUGGAGCCGGAAAUCAACUGCUCUGAAUUUUGUGAUAGUUUUCCUGGCCAGGAGCUGGAUCGGAGACCCCUUCAUGAUCUUUGCAAGACGACAAUUACUGAUUCACAACACAGCGGUACAGACGUCUCUCCACUGUCUCCCGCCCUCUUGGGUAUUGUUUGGACUUUCCUCAGCUGUGGACUACUUCUGGUGCUUUUCUUUCUUGUUUUCACAAUUCGCUGCAGGAAGAACAGGAUUGUGAAGAUGUCCAGCCCCAAUCUGAACAUUGUGACCUUACUGGGCAGUUGUCUGACUUACAGCAGUGCUUACCUUUUUGGGGUUCAAGAUGCCUUUGUGGGAAAUUCCAUGGAGGGGCUCAUUCAGAUGAGACUGUCCAUGCUGUGCAUUGGGACGUCCCUUGUGUUUGGCCCUAUCCUGGGGAAGAGCUGGCGACUCUACAAGGUGUUUACCCAGAGGGUCCCAGACAAGAGAGUGAUUAUCAAAGACCUGCAGUUGCUGGGGUUGGUGGCAGCCCUGGUGGUGGCUGAUGUAAUCCUGCUUGUGACGUGGGUGCUGACUGAUCCCAUCCAGUGUCUCCAGAUCCUUGGUGUCAGCAUGAAGGUGACGGGGAGAGAUGUGUCCUGCUCUUUGACCAACACACACUUCUGUGCUUCGAGGUACUCUGACGUCUGGAUUGCUCUGGUUUGGGGAUGCAAGGGGCUGCUGCUGCUGUAUGGUGCUUAUCUGGCUGGCCUGACCAACCAGGUCAGCUCUCCUCCCGUGAACCAGUCCUUUACCAUCAUGGUCGGAGUCAGCCUCCUGCUACUCAGCGCUGGGCUAAUUUUCGUGCUCACCAGGUACUUGCACUCCUGGUCCAAUCUAGUCUUUGGAUUCACAUCUGGAGGGAUCUUCGUUUGCACCACUACCGUGAACUGCUGUGUGUUCCUUCCCCAGCUGAAGCAAUGGAAGGCAUUUGAAGGAGAAAACCAAACAGUCAGACGCAUGGCCAAAUAUUUCAGCACCCCUAGCAAAAGCUUCCAUAGCCAGCUCGAUGAGGACCCAAACUGCCACUUGAGGGAUGAGAAGAGCUGCAUGGAGAGGCUCCUCACAGAAAAAAACGCGGUAAUCGAGAGCCUGCAAGAACAAGUCAAUAACGCCAAGGAGAAGCUAGUGAAGCUGAUGUCUUCCGAGUGGGCUGACCCAGCUGCAGCCUCUGCGCAUGUGCUGGCAGUUCAAGGACCUUCAGAACACCCUGCUGCUUCUGAGAAUGUUAUCGAUGCAGCUGCCCAGGACCCCCUAUGCGCCUCAGUGACCUCCCAGCACAUGCAAAGCCCUGGGGCAUCUCGAAGGGACACCAGUCCCUCCCCUGACCAAAAGGACAAUGUGACUUUGAAACAGUUUUUUGAUCAUUUGGACAUGGGUUGCAGCCGAGAGCCACAUACUGAACAAUGUGAGGGUUCAGAAAGAGGAGACCAGGGACCCGUGGCCACCAGCCAGAGUUUCAUGCCAGAUGGAAUGGGCGGUGAACCCCAAAGGCCCAAGCAGAACUCAGAGGAACUCCCAGAGAGGCCACCCCGCGUCAGUUCAGUGGUCAGAGAGAAGCUUCAGGAAGUCCUUCAAGAGCUGGACCUGGGCCCCGAGGCUCCCCUUUCCCCACUACCUUGUUCCCAGCAGCUUUGGAAGAGCACCACUUCCCGCAGUCCCCAGAAGCUGUCCCCGUCUAAACUGGGUUUCAGCCCAUAUGUGGUGAGGAGAAGACGGGCAGCCCAGCGGGCUCGCUCCCACCUCACUGCCUCUGUGGCCCUCAAUAUGGGGCAUCCGGCAAACAGGACUGUUUCUGGUGUGCAAAGUGGGCUGGCUGUGCAGAGCCAGGACAGCUCCAAGCUGGACCACCAAAAUGCAAGGUCCAAGGUACCAAGGUCCUCUUCUGUAAAACCAUCACCACUCGCAGAUCCUCACCGGAGACGGAGUACCCUGGAGGGUAACAAACCAUGCCACACAGAGCCUCAGGGGUCCAGAGGAUGCGAUGUAAGCGUUCCUUGCCAACCUCCUGCUUCUGCCCGGGCACAAAGUCUCACUGCCCCAUGCCUACCCUCUUCACCAGGACUGCCCAAGCAGCGUCAGGCUCGACCCCUAGUGUCCCCUGGCUGUCCUUCCUUGUCUUCUGGGUGCUGCAACCUUGAUAGUGAGUCCAGUAGCUCAGAUGAAUUUUACUGCCGCUGCCACCGGCCCUACUGUGAAAUCUGCUUCCAGACCUCUUCCGACUCCAGUGAGAGUGACACAUCAGACAGUGACCUUGAGCAAGCAUCAGAACUAGUCUCCUGGGAAAAGCUGUGGGCCCGCUCUAAGCCUGUUGUGAACUUCAAAGAUGACUUGAAGCCCACACUAGUGUGAAAGGCAGCGAGAUGGGGCUGGCCACAGAG